GCUUACGUAUAAUUUUCGUCAUUCGCUCAAAGCUACCGCAGUGAAUUCACGUCUGAUUAUUCUGUGAACUUGUGAAAUAGUUGCGACAUAGUUUACGAGUGCCAUCAAGCGAGAUAACAAGGAUAAGUGAGGAUUUCAGUGCUCUGUGAAAAGUGUUGGUGAAAAUUACUCGUUACGAGUCAGAGUUGGCAAAAAUUUGUGAAAAUUUGAGAAGUAUUAAUUUAAAAAGCAUUAAAAUGUACAACGACUCAGUGGUUCCCGUUAAGACGGAGUCUUUCAGUGGAGUAGCAGCCAAAAGUCCUAUCGGACAGUGUAUCAAAUCUGCACUAAGGCGCGCUUGUGUGGAGAAAAGACUAACGAUUGGUCUAAUGCCAGCGCUACAGUUUUUAUCAAAGAACAGUAAUGGGGCUCUUUUCUGCAUUCAAGCAGAAGCAAGGCCGGGUGACAGCGCUACACAUAUGCAAGAAGUGCUGUUGCAGGCUUUCUGCAUGGAAAACGACAUUUAUACUGUUAAGGUCGAUUCCGAAGAUAAGUUGAAAAAAUUACUGGGCUGCAGCAAGACAUCUCUGGAUUUUACCUGCGUUUUGAUUCACUACCCAUUUUUGGAUCCAUACAGUGACUGCCCAGAAAUUGAUUUUUCUGUACUAUCUGAAUCGGAGAAAGAUUUAAUUGACCACUGCGAAACCAACUGGGGCUACUCCCAGGUCCCAGUCAUCAAACUACCAGAGAAGUGAAUACUUUGCUGUUAGACUUUUUGGAAAAAAAAAAAAUGUUGACCGACAUGGUCCUAUAUUUUUUGGCGUACAAGCCAUUUAUUGUUACGUGUCCUUGUGGACUUAUUAAUAUAGCGUAGCAUUUUGUACAUUGUGUCAGGAGUCAGGACGCCAUUUUGGCUGUAUUUACAUUGUAUUUA